AUGUUUGGGGGAGAACUGAACUACCAGACUAAGAGGAUUAUGUUUGAUGUGGUCGAUCUCCCCCUGCCGUACAAUGCGAUUCUUGGAUGCCCGGCCCUGGCUAAGUUCAUGGUAGCAUCCCACUAUGCCUACAACGCCUUGAAGAUGCUUGUGCCACUAGGAGUCAUCACUAUCCCAUCAAAUGAGAAGGAUGCAAUCAUUUGUGUGGACAAGAUGUACCGGGACGCGGUCGCAGCAGAGGCAGCGGCAGCUCCCGCCAAGGGAAGUAAAGGAAACAAGAGAGAUCAUAGAGACUCCGGCAAAGAGUCCAGGAAGCGUGCCCCCACCGAGUGCACGGUACCCAUUGACGACGUGCUGGAGUGUUCUAGCAGCAAGAGAUCCAAGGGUGACUUACCAAAGAUUGCUGAGACCAUCUAA